AUGGCUAAUACACCUCUGGCUCUCGCAAAGCCCAUUUUUUAUCUGUUUGUUCUCACUCAACUUGCUUAUUUGGGCAACUCCAAUUUUAUUAUCCACUACAGUGAGGGUGAGGGUGACGACUACGAGAACGCCCUGACGACUCCUGUUACUGUUAUUGAACAUGAGUUUUCUCAUCUGUUUGAGAUCAAAAGACUGAAUUUUUCGUUCGAUCACGGUCCGAAGGAGAUCUUCAGCUUUAUAGAGGGUAAGUCUGUCCGUUUCACGCUGGAUUCAUGCUUUACGCUAAUCAAAAAAAAUCCUCAAAAAGAAAGGCUUCACACAAAAAUAAUAUUAUCAGUCUGUCGGGAAAAUAAUGACCAAAUGUUGCUGCGCCAAUGGUGUCGCUGAGGCGAAAUUCAACUUGAUUUUGCCGCGACACAAUUCAUCUUCUCGGCGCCGAUGCGAUUUACGGUGCAGCAGAGUGAUCAUUAUUUUCCCGACGGACUGAUAUCAGUCUGUCGGGAAAAUAACGGCGGAUCGUCGCAGCAAAAUGUCUCGUCUCGUCGCUAUCGCGCACCAAAUCCCAAGUCGCGGCUUGCAGUCGCAAAGCGAUGAUGGGCGAUUCCGAGGCGCGACGAUCCGCCGUUACUUUCCCGACAGACUGAUAAUAUGGCCUGGAGCUCUUUAAUUAAAAAAAAAAGAACUUCUGAUGAGAGUGGGAUUCGAACCCACGCCUCCGAAGAGACUGGUGCCUUAAACCAGCGCCUUAGACCGCUCGGCCAUCUCACCACGCUCUCUUCCUUCGCUUUUUGAGCCUUCCUCUUUCGGGAAUUUAACGAGCGCCUUCGGGACGUAAAAUACGUUAAUUAGGAGAAAGAUGUGCAUAUUAAUUGUGGCAUUGGAUUAAAACAGUUUUUGUAUUAAAAUGAGAGUGAGGGGAUGGUAAUGUUACAGUGAGGGACCGGAUCCAGUGACAAAAAACGUCCCACGCUCCCUUUCCUUCAAGGCGGUGCGGGCUUUUCAAAGCAGAGUUUUUUAGCUUAGAGAAGGGAAGGUUUUGGAGACGUUUUUUGCCACUGGAUCCGGUCCCUCACUGUACGCUCAGAUUUUCUUUAUAUUUUACGCAUUUUUCGGGCAUAGGGGACAUAUCAGUCCGUCAGGAAAAUAAUGAGCAAUCUGUCGCAUUGAAAGUUGCUUCGUCGUCGAGAAAAGGCAUGCUUCGGAUUCUUUAUUUUUGCAGAAGAAUCAUCAAAUUGCUUUUGACUUCAGAUCGAAUAAAAAGCUACGCAUAAACUGGCCAUAUUGCUAAACCUCCCAUUUUUCAGACGACUGUGUUGACGAUGCAAAUUUGCGCUGUAAGCUUCCGAGAUACAUGCGGCUCUGUCACAACAAAGUCUACAAACGAUUGAUGAAAGACAAGUGCAGAAAGACCUGUGGAAUGUGCCCGGACACGGAUUUUCCACAACAGCCCGAUGACGGAUGUUACCCGGACGAAUUUAGACAUUAA